AUGGUUGCUGCGUGGAAAACUGCUGGUCUUACCUACAACAAAUACCUGGCCAUCGCUGCCAGAGUCGUGCGGAGAUCCUUGAAGGACCAGCCUCGUCUCGCUGCCGAGCGCCGUGGACAAAUGGAACUCAAAUUCGCGAAGUGGGAGAACGGCAAGCAGGGUGACAUGAAGCAACUCUCUACUCAAGGCCAAUAA